CUUCUCCGCCAUUCGGAUAGGAAGCGGCAACAAGCGGCAGCAGCUAGCAAUGGACGUGGCGGGGGCUCAGGCCCGGACCCUGCCCCUCCUCCUGCGCCACCCGGACUUCUGCUCCCGGGGCUCCGUCUCCUUCUCGUCCUCAUUCCCCCGCGGCGGCGCCCGCCGGAGCUGGGCGGCGGCGGCCACGGCGGAAGGGGAAGGCUACGAGCGGGUGGCCAUGGACACCCCCGGCGCGUACCGGCUCGUGGACCGGAGAACUGGGAAGAGCGUCAUCGUGUGGGGCGGCAUCGACGACGACGACGGCGGAGAAGAGCCCAGCGUGCCGUCCCCGGCUGUCCUCUCCAGGAGCACCCACAGCGGCAACACCGACAGCUCCUCCCUCUCCAAAGGUGCAGCAAAUUCGGGUAGUUCAGGUGUUGGGAGUUUUGGGAGAUUGAAGGCGCAGAAAGUGCAAGAUCUAGCUAGGAGAUCAUUAGCCAACCUCAAGAGAGAGCCUACUUCUAGCCGUACAAGCACCACCCGGCGUAAUGAAUCAUCUUUUGUUGAUAAAAAAGUUGAAGGUGAAAGUGAUUUUGGAAGAAGGAAGUAUGGUUCAGAGUACCCAGCGCGCCGUGCAAAACCGAAUAAUAACUCUAGGGAUGAGAAGACCAGGGAAGUACGCUCUCUGGAUUCUGUUCUGAGGCAAUACAGAGGCGACGGUGAUUCGGAUUUUCGAAGUGAAGAGGCUACUUCUGGCCCCAAAGUUUGGGGUAAAGUUGCCGAUGCUACAUCUUAUAGACGAGAGGAUCGGAAGCAAAAGGUCCCUUUGGACAGUGGUUUUUUUAGUCGCAGAUCUUUUAAGGAGAUUGGCUGUGGUGACGAAAUUCUUGGUGCAUUGAGAAGCUUUGGGUUUCCUCAACCAUCACAUAUUCAGGCUAUGGCAUAUGGUCCUGUCUUGGAGGGGAGGAGUUGCAUUAUUGCCGAUCAAAGUGGGUCUGGCAAGACAUUGGCAUAUCUUUGCCCUAUAAUUCAAAAUUUAAGGAAGGAAGAAGCAAUGGGGGUCCACAAAUCAUCUCCCAGGAACCCACGAGUCAUAAUAUUGACACCUACUGCUGAACUUUCUUCUCAGGUCCUUCAGAAUUGCCGUUCAAUAUCAAAAUCUGGGGCUCCCUUCAGGUCUAUGGUUGCAACUGGUGGAUUUCGGCAGAAAACGCAGCUAGAAAGCCUUGAGCAAGAGCUAGAUGUACUUAUAGCAACACCUGGUCGUUUCCUGUAUCUGCUUCAGGAAGGCUUUGUGCAAUUAAAUAACCUCAGAUGUGUUGUGUUUGAUGAAGUGGAUAUUUUAUUUGGUGAAGAAGGUUUUGAACAAGUGCUUCAUCAAUUGAUUACUGUUGCACCAGUGACCACACAGUAUCUUUUUGUCACUGCCACUCUUCCUCUUGAUAUAUACAACAAGGUUGUUGAAACAUUUCCUGACUGUGAGGUAAUCAUGGGACCUAGUAUCCAUCGAACAAGCGCACGUCUUGAAGAGAUUCUCGUGGACUGCAGUGGAGAUGACAACGAUGAAAAGAAUCCAGAAACAGCCUUUUCGAACAAGAAAUUGGCACUUGUAAAGAUUAUUGAGGAAUCCCCGGUUCGUAAAACAAUUGUUUUCUGCAACAAGAUUGAGACAUGUAGAAAGGUUGAAAAUGUGCUGACACGGCUGGACAGGAAAGCUUCCCAGAUCAAGGUUCUACCAUUCCAUGCUGCACUGGACCAGGAGAAACGCAUUGCAAACAUGAAAGCAUUCCUGAAUAAGCAGUCUUCCGACUCGAUGUUCCUGGUGUGCACUGACAGAGCUUCGCGGGGGAUCGACUUUACGAACGUUAACCACGUGGUGCUCUUCGACUACCCCCGAGAUCCAAGCGAGUACGUCCGCAGGGUUGGCAGGACGGCCCGAGGCGCCUCAGGUGACGGCAAGGCUUUCGUGUUCGCGGUGGGCAAGCAGGUGUCCCUGGCCAGGAGGGUGAUGGAGAGAAACCUCAAGGGGCACCCACUGCACGAUGUCCCGUGCUUCUGAAAGGAGAGAUGCUGUUGCUACCCAACACAUCUAGAGUAUUUCUGUUGUCGAGAACUAAAGUGAACAGUGUUAGCGUUAGGAACUGUGAUGUAACACCUUGUUCUGCUGAUCGUGCUUGUUUGACCAGCACCGUGGUAAUGUGCAGAAUAAGAAGCAUAAGGGACAAGACAUUCACAUUACACAUUCUAUAACUAGGUUUUUUUAUUUUUAUUUUAGAGGAACUGAUUCUUACACUUUACCAA